AGCUGCGCGCAGGCGGGGCCGGGGCCGGCCCUGGCCGGCCGGGAGAGCCAGGAUGGCGGCGGCGGCGGCAGGCGCGGCUGGGGCCGCCUCACAGCGACUCUGCUCCGGCGGCUGAGGAGAGCCGGGCUCCGCGCCGCCUCGCUCCGGCGGCCUUCCUCCUCCCCCUCCCGCACGGAGGGUCAGGCCGCCCUGCCCGGCCACUGAGGGAGCGGUGUCCCCCGGGGGAGGGCAGCGCUAUCGGCCGAUCGUAUUUCCAGAAAGUGCCUUGAGGAAGCUUCCUUAUGUAGAAAAACCUUACAAGAAACACUGUGCGCUUUCUGGCAACUCGUGAAGCAAAGCUGUCAAAAUGGCUGAAAAUAAGGACGCUAAUAUUAAAAACGCAGAUGUGAGACCCAAAAGCAGCCGGAGCAGAAGCGCAGAUAGAAAGGAUGGUUACGUCUGGAGUGGAAAGAAGCUCUCCUGGUCUAAAAAGAGUGAGCACUCUUCUGAUGCAGAAACAGCAAGCGCCGCAGGAAGAUCAGGUAGUAGUUUAAGGAGCCAAGAGAGGAAAUACAGCUGCUCAUCUAUCGAGCUGGAUCUGGACCGUUCGUGUGGUCACAGGUUUUUAGGCCGAUCUCUCAAACAGAAGCUGCAAGAUGCUGUGGGGCAGUGCUUUCCCAUAAAGAAUUGCAGCAGUCGGCAUGCCUCAGGACUGCCAUCGAAAAGAAAAAUUCAUAUCAGUGAGUUAAUGCUAGAUAAGUGUCCUUUCCCUCCGCGCUCGGAGCUAGCUUUUCGGUGGCACUUGAUCAAAAGACAUACAGCUCCUAUAAGUCCAAAAACAGAAGACUGGAUAAUUGCUGAUUUAUCCCAGCAGGAGGAAAAGGAGGAUCAGCUGCGAGACGAUGAGAUUGCCAACGGGGGAAUGGACUCUCCCUCCCCAUCCUGCGACUUUACUGACAGCGGUUCCUCUAGGGGUGAUUCGAGGUCUGAGUUGGUGACAGGUAGGGUGGUAAGGAGCAGUAAAGAUGAGAGCGAUAUGGACUCCGAUGACGAAGUUAUAACACUGUGCACAAGUUCUAGAAAAAGAAACAAGCCCAAAUGGGAAACGGAUGACGAGCUUCUCCGGAUGGAAACGCCUCCGAAAUACCAUACGCAGAUUGAUUAUGUCCACUGCCUAGUCCCAGACCUCCUCCAGAUCAAUAACAAUCCCUGCUACUGGGGAGUCAUGGAUAAAUAUGCAGCUGAGGCCCUGCUAGAAGGAAAGCCAGAGGGAACAUUUUUGUUACGAGAUUCUGCCCAAGAAGACUACUUGUUCUCUGUGAGCUUCAGGCGCUACAGUCGUUCCCUCCACGCGCGGAUAGAGCAGUGGAAUCACAACUUCAGCUUUGAUGCCCACGAUCCUUGUGUCUUCCAUUCUCCUGACAUCACGGGACUCCUAGAGCACUACAAAGAUCCAAGUUCCUGUAUGUUCUUUGAACCGCUUUUAUCCACUCCACUAAACAGGACUUUUCCUUUCUCUCUUCAACAUAUAUGUAGAACGGUUAUUUGCAACUGUACAACUUACGAUGGUAUUGAUGCACUUCCCAUCCCUCCAUCGGUGAAGCUGUAUCUGAAGGAAUAUCAUUAUAAGUCAAAAGUUAGAGUACUCCGGAUUGAUGUCCCAGAGCAGCAAAGCUAGAAAAUAUUUUUAUGAAAGAAUGAAAUUGUCUCUAAGCAGACAAAUAGUAUGUUCAGUCUUUCUUCCUUCUGGUUGUUCUUUUUUCAUAGCAAUUUGAUUUUUUUUUUCUUUUUCUGCAGAUUAUUUAACACCCAAACUAGCCUCUCUCUAAGGCUUUUUUACCCAAAUGUACUUUGAGUCUUCCCACCUCUCUUUUUUAAGAAAUUAUAUUCAUUGUGGGCUUUUGGUACUGUUCCCAAACUAGAGUUUUACAAAAUUUCAGGUAGACUUUCUGAUAUUUCUGUAGAUGGGUAGUCUUUAGAUCUAAAAUGCCUAAAAAUCAGUUUUGAACUUGAUCUGUCUUUUAUAUUGAAUUUACAUACGUUGCUGACAUGUUUGAAAUAAUGCACUGUUAACUAAAGAUUGACUCAUCUGUAUUUUCUGCAUUUCUUUUAAAAUGAGUGCCCUAGCCUCUGUGCGUGUGUAUGUAUGUCCGUCUGUAUAUAAUAGAGUAAAUUCAUCAGUCUAUUUCUAACAUUACUAUUCCUAGCAAAAUGAAGUUUGAAAGAGGAGAUGAUCUUUCUAUAAAUACAUCAGGGGACUAAACACCAGGGAGGGGAAAAAACAAUUCAAGUUAAGGACGACACUCGGUACGGGAACAAACGUGUAUGAACUGGUUGAGAAAAGAUUUUUGGUUGGAAAGGAGGAAGGCUCAUCAUCGUCAGAGCAACGGGGUUCUGGAACAGCUUUUCAUUUUGUAUAAUAGCAGUAAAAAGCAAACUACUCAUAAACUGGGAUUUGAUCAGUGUCAAGGGAUAAUGAUGCAGUUACUUGUGAUAGAUGGGACUUGGACUUGGUAACUCUAUUUCUGUGUUAGUAUUUCAUUAUAUGAAAUACCCAGUUUUCACUGUAGGAGCUGCUGCUUCUGAAAUGACAAUGCAUGGAGUGCGAGGGCGAGAAGGAAGAUAUUUCCUUAAAAAUCUGCAUAUUAAACUACCUGAUCUUGCAUGGUUGAUCCUGAGGUGAUGAUGAAUAACUUUCUUACUUUGUUAGCAGGAGGGUUGCUUUUUUAAAUAAGUUUAGUUUGGAAAAAAAAAAAAAAAACAAGUCUGCAGAUUUUUCUUGCAAUGUGAAGCAUUUGGUCGAAUGGCCGCCUGCCAAAUUCCACGUACAGGAAAACCAUGCAUGGAUAAUGCUCCUAAAAGCAUUACUUACAUUACAUGGAUAGGCAGAUCUGCUGCUGAAUUAUUGGUGAAAUCCCAGCGAGACUCUGGGUUGCUGUUGCUUUCCAGGCUGGCCUCGGGGCACAGCUGCGGGAGGUGCAGGGGUGACCCGCAGUCCUCUUGUCUUCGCUUGUGGGUGCUUUAUCUCCUCCUGCAAAACUGGGCCCAGAACCACUCUGCCAAAAAUACAUGAAAAGUACGUGAGAUGAUGUAAUUGUAAUACAACAACCCCACUGUUUCCUUCUCCUAUGAUCACAGGGAGCAUUUGUAUCUUGAGAUGCUUUUGAAACUGAGACCCCCAAGCCUGAACGUUACAAAUGUGCUUGAUUUCAUGCGUGCAAAAGAUCUUAUCAAAAAAUCAGCAGUUUCCCAUGUUUGUGAUGAGGUUAUGUGUGCGGGCAGGCUGGGAGCAGCAGUGCCGUAGAGUCUCACUCCCAGAUUGUAGCCUAAGACUAAGCAAUAUUUCUAUUUUAAUCUUUUAAUUUCACCUUGUACGGAAUCCUACGGAUUUCUAGACAUCAGAUCUGUCCUGCAAGCUGGGUACCGGGGAGUUAGCAAGGAAGCUUUGCUAUGCAACUCCACCAGCGACCCGCCACCCUGCCCUUGUGUCCCCCCCGCCCUGAGCAGAGAACACCCUUUCCACUAAACUGCUGUCGCUGUGAUGAUGUAAACAGAUUUCCAGGGACAUCUGCUUAGAGACCAGCCCGUUUAUUUUUCGCUGUGUUUGAAAUAGGUUUUGAACUAAAGUCUCCAGGGAGAAAAUGCUAACGCAUCAAUCUAUCGCGUCACACAGGGAUGAAUACGCUCCAGGACAAACUCUCAGCUGCUAUAAGUCAGUGUGGCUUUAUUGAUACGCUUAUAACAGCUUAUACCAGCUGAGAUUCUGCCUCCUCCAUAUGCAAAUGAUAAUUGUAUGACUGAUGCCAGAAGAAUUACCCUUUUAUUUUGGUAAUCUUCUCCUUGUGCUGCUUCCAUUCAACUGACAUUGCCUUUUGCAUAAACUGUAUUUUAUCAAGGACAGCUUCAGACUAAUAAAUCUAUUUUUCCCUCUAGUUGUCACUUCCAUUUCCCAAAUACAAAGUGAGGGAGCAGCGGGGAUCAUCUUUGCUCUGCUCUUUUACGCUGGGCCCGUCAAAGGUCCCUUCCGACCUAGACAAUUCUAUGGUGGAAUGGUGGCCUGUGAUUUGCCUGGCUGCAGUAGGAAGUGAUAGUAUCUAUCUGGUUCAAAAUCCAACUUCACAGAGUGACAUCAGAGAUAUUUGCAGUCUGCUUGAUUAACAUUCUCUUCCAGAAACUCCUAAUUAGGGCAAAAGCUCACAAUUUUAUAUGGAGAUCAGCAUUUUCAUUAUUUUUAUCGCAAGACCACAAAAAAAUUAUUUUGACCACAAGCCCUACUUGCUUUGGAAGUUAGCAAAGGCCACCGCCUCUCAAAAUCAUCAAAGAUUUUGUCCCUUCAAAAUGAAAGGCCGUGAAAGAACCUUUUUUGGGGUAUGGUACCCCAACUCACUGUGUUUUCAGCGCUGUUCUGGGUGCAGCCUAUAUUGCUUUGACAUUUGUUGGUGCAUCACUCACCCCAAAAACGUCUCGAGCGCUCCAGUUUUAGGAGACCUAUAUAAUACAGCAGUUGAGGGAAGGAGGCACGGCACAUAAAAAUAGUGCUUUUGGACUGUGGGCUAGUUAGUUGCAUUUAUUUAGAGAAAUCAUACGUAGAAAAUAUUGAUGAAUGGCGUUUUGUCAAAGUUCACCCUAUUUUUUCUCGGUUUAUUUGUCCGGAUCAUGCCUGUGUGACAUAUGUAGUUAAUGACAUGAGUUGUGUGUACGUGUGCAGUCUGUGAGAGAUCCAUUUCAUGAAGUAGACAUUUUUUUAUGAAAUACGAGAACUCAAAAGGUCUAUUUUGCUUAAAUCCAUGUCCCCUUUUUUUCUCUGUUUUUUUUUUUUAAUAAGCCUUGUAGAAAUUAACUGGUUUUACAAUAUGCCAAGAAUGAUCAUCCUGAAGUUUUCCUCCCAGUGCUGUCAUUAACAGUCUUACUGGUGCUGCUCGCUCCAAUACUACUUUAUAACACCUCGCAUCUCAAGUGUGAGCCAAAGAUAACCAAGUCUUGAAGUUCAGUGUUGAAGCCCUCUAAAAAAUUAACGUCCGAAACAGGGUAAGAACUUCCAUUGUCUGAGCCCAAGCUCUUGCAAGACAGAGACCCCAGGUUCUUCAGGGUGAAGAUUAAACGUGGAGCAAGGAAAGGUGUGGAGAUGCGUGGAAAAAACACGGGCUCAAGACCACACAGCAUGUCGGUGGCUGAGCGAGGACAUAAUCCAGAGGUGACCCUGGCUACAGCCCCCCAGUUUCGGGGUCCCCAGCCAGCUUUGCGUCCGGAAUUGUGUCUGCAUGACGCCGUUUGUAUUGUUUUGAAGGCAGUUCUGUAGGAGGAAAGUAGAAACACAGCGUAUUGAAUCGGUGUGAACAGCUUCUGGUAAGAAAAAAGAUCUGAUUUUGAUAAACUAUUUUAAUAUAAAGGGGGGGGAAGGUCAAGGUCUUGAUGCACGCUGGGCAAACUACAUAUACAAGCUAUUUUUACAGGAUGGUUUUAAAAAAAAUUAAACGCUCUUUCGAUUAAUGAUGUUCUCUGGAGUUUGCUUUUGCCUGAAGUGACUUUUUGCAGCUCUAUAGUAAUGCCAGUUGCUGGCCCCGCACGGUCAAUACGGAGCAACUUCAGCUCCGUCAGAAUCGUUGAUGAAUUUGGGGCAGUUGGUGUAUCCAAUAAUUGGGAGUCCACGUUUCUUCUCUAUUUUCCUAUUUUCAGCACUCGUCUUGAUGAAAUCCAGGGUGCAUUUGGAACAGGGUACGUGUAUCUAUAGUAGCAUAUCCAACCUGAAAAAAAAUAAAUGAGUGAUCACGAUUUAAAUGCUUUCCUUUUAAAGAUGCUGGUGUGUUUCCAAUAUAAAGAAGAAAUCCUUGCAUGAUGCAGUCAUACAUGGCCUUACUGUAAAACUGACAUGCUCUUAAAUAAUUAAAAAGGGGGAUACUUUAAUUUUGAAAAAGGAUGCUAGAGGAAGGAGGUUAAAGGAAGCUUUUAGUCAUCUCUAAGGUUAGAUUUAUUGAUCUAGUGAUCAAUCCCUUUCUCUUUCCUGAAUUUAAAGCUAAUGGGAGACUGUGGUCAGAGAUGAGUGGCUUUUAGUUAAGGUUUUUGACUCUUAUAAAUAAUACAACAAAUGUCCUAGUAAGUAAUAAGAAAUAAGAUACUUGCUCAUUCUUUUUAAAUAGAACAAAUGUGGCAAACAAGACUCAGCUGUAAUUUUUGAAGUCAUUUAUUAGACAAAUUGCUCUUCUCUACUUCUUUUACAAGAGAGACAUAAACCAUUAUAUUAUUUAUUCAUGAAUCAUAGCCAUUAAGAUGAUAAAUCAAAUUAUCAGCUUCCUGUCUCUCUUCAGUUUUAAUCAUUUUUUAUAGUUCAUGCAAUAUAAAGACAGCUUCCUUCCUAUGAAACAAGAGACCUUCAGAGACCUUUUUAUUGUAAACGUACAUUUCCUUCCCAUUUUUAAGUAUAUCCUAGUGAUUUUCUCUGUCAAUUUUACCUGCAAUAAAAAUCCAAUGAGGAACUUGUACAUUGAUUCAAUAUAGCCAAGGUAGCUAUGAAGUAAGUGAUUUUGGUUAACCUCUGAAAUAACGUAGUACUGGAAAAUGCAGUUAAAGGAUUUUUUCUGCCACCCCUAAAUGUGCGUGGUAGUAUCACAUGUUUAAUGGAGAGAAAUCUGGACUUGAGCUUACUGACUGAUGGCAGGACCGUUCUCAAAAGGUUUAACAUGAGCUCUGCAGCAGCAUCACUUCUUUUUAUAUGUUGAAGCUUACUUUUUCUGCUGUAUUCACACAGCCAGCAUGUCUUUGCCUCUUCCCGUAAGGUGGGAGAGCUGCGGUUACUCUGAGCUGAGAUGGUUUUGCGCAUCCUUUUUUCCCUCUGCAUCUCUCUGCUUCAGCAUCUAAACCAGUGGUGGGAUGAGCCACACAUGACGUAGUGUGGGUGGAGAAGCUGUCCAUUCAGAAAGAAAUGCACAUUGAUUUCC